AUGCAAGGCUCCAUGUCGGAAAAUUCGCCCUCGAGCGCACUGAAAGCAGCACAGAGGCUUGCAACGAGAGCAACAGAGGCAGCGACGGAGUUUCAGAGGCUCCGGCAGAGCACCGAAGACGCUGAGAAGCUCUUCUCCAUCAAGGAAGCAACAUGGCGAGGGAGGCUGCAGGCGCUGGAGGAGCAGCGGGAACAGGCGCAAUGCCAGAUGCGGGAGCUGAAGCAGGAGAUGGAGUUCAGGCUGAGGGCGAGCGUGGAGAAGCAUGAGGAGGUCGUCUAUCGGAUCAACAUGGAGAGGAGCAGGCUGGAGUCAGAGUUGCAGUCCGCGGCCUCCGAGGCUGAGAGGAUGAAAGCUGACCUGGAGGAGAAGGACCUUCAGAUCAGGGCGAUGGGGAGGACCCUCCAGGACGCAGCAAGGGAAGCGAGGCUCUCUGCUCAGAACAUCGAGCUGCUCCAGGCGAGCAAGCGGGAGCACGCCAAGGAGAAGCAGGACUGGGCGCAGGAGAGGGCGAGGCUGAUGGCGGAGAUUAAGAGCAAGGAGAUCUCUGCCAAGGAGGCGCAGGCGGACAUGCAGAAAGAGAUGGAACAUCUGCAGUCGCAGCUGCACCAGAAGAGCGUCAAGGUGUCCGAGCAGCACAACAUCAUCGAAGAGUACAGGAAGGCGGAGUCGUCGUGGAUGGUCGAGAAAGCUACCCUGCAGCAGACGGAAGUCUCCCUCCGAAACCGUCUGGCUGAGGUGGAGCGCCGGUAUGGCCUGCAGCUCCAAGCGCAGGCGAAGAGUGUCGAGCAAGCGAGGGACGCGCUGAGUGCAACGGAGACGUCGCUGAAUGCCAAGUAA